UCGUCGCAGCAAGGCAGCCCCGUCUCCAGCCACUCCAUCUGGACUCAGCCGGGAGCCGAGAGCGCCGCUUACAACGCGGGAUCUUCCCACCCGCCCGUGUCACCUCGCUUCUCCUUCUCCACCAGCACCCCCAUCCCGGCCACCUCGUCCCGCGAGGCCGCGGCCGCUUACAGCAGCUCCCUGAGCCUUUCUGCGAACGGGAGGGAGCAGUACGGCCGGGGCUUCGGCGCCUCCUACUCCAGCCCGUACCCGGCGUACGUGAGCCCCGAAAUGGCCACCACCUGGACUUCCUCGCCCUUCGACAGCCCCAUGCUGCACAACCUGCAGAGCAGAGGGACGCCCGGCGCCGCCAGGCAUGCCAACAUCGCAGAAUUUUUUGAUGAUUAUUCAGAGGGUCGAGAAUGUGUCAACUGUGGGGCCAUGUCUACCCCACUCUGGAGGAGAGAUGGCACAGGGCACUACCUCUGCAACGCCUGUGGCCUCUACCACAAGAUGAAUGGCAUCAACCGACCCUUGUUCAAACCUCAGAGGAGGCUGUCAGCUUCCCGCCGCGUUGGCCUCUCUUGUGCCAACUGCCACACGACGACAACCACGCUCUGGCGCAGAAAUGCCGAGGGAGAACCAGUCUGUAACGCCUGCGGACUCUACAUGAAGCUCCAUGGGGUCCCAAGGCCUUUAGCAAUGAGAAAAGAAGGUAUUCAAACAAGGAAGCGUAAGCCAAAGAACCUUAACAAAUCAAAGACACCAGCAGGUCCAUCCAGCAGCGAGAGUCUUACCCCAACCACCAGCUCCGCUAGUAGCAGCAGCAGUGCCACGACCACUGAGGAAAUGCGCCCCAUAAAAACAGAACCAGGGCUCUCAUCUCAUUACGGGCACCCCAGCCCAAUUUCUCAGGUACAGAGGGGAGAUACUGGAGAUGUGACAAAGAUGGGAGCAGUACUGUGGUAGACACGGUGAGGAGAACAUCCUCAAAACCUG